ACCCUAAUGGAUAUGCAGCGCCAUUGUCAGAAAUAAUCUUUAUUUAUUUAGGGAUCAAUUAUAACGUGUACACACGACUGCUGGCUGGAUGUGCAAUCCCGUGACUGAAUCCCGUGACUGGGAUUCAUCACCACGUAACAAAAGAUUCUCAGCUCAGAGCAACAGCAAAUGUCGAGUCAUUCGCGAAGUUUGAAGCGCAACACUACUGACUGAAGAUGGCCUCCACUGAGGAGCUUAGUACCGACACGAACUUCUUGAACAUCACCACCGUUUUGGUUGGGUUGACUACCCUGGUUGCCAUUGCUCUGUACAGGAGCACUCGGAGGCCUGCCGGCGCACCGCCUGGCCCGACCCCAAUGCCAAUCCUUGGAAAUCUUACCACCUUCAUGAGCAAAAGGACACUUCAUGACGUCUUCAUCGAUCUGAGAAAGAAAUAUGGCACCGUUUUUUCACUCAAGUUUGCCUCAAAGAAUGUCGUGAUAUUGAACACCAUUGAUGUUGUCAAAGAAGCAAUGGUCAAACAGGCUGUGGAGUUUGCAGGAAGACCCAAGUCAAAUUCUGUUAGAUUGUUCUCACAGGGGUACAAGGAUAUUGUUUUAGGGGAUUAUGGUCCACAGUGGAAGUUCCAACGAAAGAUAGCUCAUUCUGCAGUCCGACGAUUCACCCGCAAGGAAGAUUUGGAAAAGCUGGUGUUCGCAGUGACUCCAAAAGUGGGUAAAAUUCUGGACGAACAAGGAGACAAGCCUUUUGCACCAAAGUAUACCAUUGGGCAAGCAGUUUACAAUAUCCUUGCGACAAUGUGCUUCGGAAAACAAUAUGAAACUAAUGAUCCGGAUCUGUUGGAAUUCAUCAAUGUUAACAAUGAAGUUACAGCAGCUUUAGGAAACGGUCUUCUGUCGGAUUUCUUUCCGAUCUUCGAGUACAUCAAACUGCCGUAUGACAUAAAGUUUGAGGGGAUGCUCAAUACAUUUUUCAAGCUGUUUUACGUCGAGUUUGAAAGUCACCGUGAAAAAUUUGACCCAGAGAAUGUGAAGGACUUCUUAGACACCCUGAUCUUGACCCAGAAGGAGGCCAUAGCAGCCGGGGAGGAAGAGGCCACGCUAAUGACAGACACCCACCUCGUUCAGACUGUCAUGGAUUUGUUUGAUGCCGGAACAGAGACAACCACCUUAACUCUUCACUGGGCAGUCGCUGCGCUUGCAGAGCACCCCGAAAUCCAAGAGAGGAUUGCCCAGGAGAUUGAUGACGUCAUAGGUCGCGAUAGACUGCCCUCUCUUGACGAUAAAGGCACCUUGCCGUACACAGAGGCUACCUUACUGGAGCUUUUGCGCUAUGGUUCUGUAGUACCACUAGGUGUUCCACAUGCUGUGCUGACUGAUACCUCCCUGAAUGGUUACAAUAUUCAGAAAGGAACGACAGUGAUGAUCAACCACAGAGGUCUUCACUUUGACCCGGAGGCAUGGGACCAGCCUGAGCAGUUUAAACCAGAGCGAUUUUUGAAUGAUAACGGGCAACUUCUCGCUAAACUGCCUGAGAGUUUCCUCCCGUUCGGCUGCGGCCGUCGCGUCUGCCUCGGCGAAGACUUCGCCAAGAAGGAGCUCUUCCUUAUCUUCACCUGGCUGUUCAGCCGGUACACCUUCUACAAAGUACCUGGGAAGGAGGCUGCAGAUUCGCUGAUGAAGCCCACAGAGGCCUCGGGCUUUGUCCACCAACCUUUUGAUGAGAUUGAGGUGUGUGUUAAGAAACGCUUCGAGACUGUAGAAUAGUGUGAUGGAAAUUUGACCUGUUUUUUUUUUUUUGCUAGGCGCGACUUUCGAAGAGCUUAAAUUAAAGGCACUGGACACGCUUGGUUAUUG